GCGGAAGCCAGGUCUGUGGCCGCGGGAGCCCGGGACCCAUAGGCAUGGCGGGGGCGGGGCCGGGGGAGGUGCGCACGGAUCUGGCUGUGGCGUCCCUCGCCCCGGCCCCUUGAACCAGAAGCCGACAGAGAUGUGAUAAUGGAUCAUCAUGUUUCCACUAUUAAACCUCGAAGAAUCCAAAACCAAAAUGUCAUUCACCGUUUGGAACGGCGGCGGAUAAGUUCAGGCAAGGCAGGUACUCAUUGGCACCAGGUUCGAGUGUUCCACCAGAAUGUCUUCCCUAACUUUACAGUUGUCAACGUUGAAAAACCUCCUUGUUUCUUGCGUAAAUUCUCACCUGAUGGACGCUACUUUAUUGCUUUUUCUUCUGACCAGACAUCUCUUGAAAUUUAUGAGUACCAGGGCUGCCAGGCAGCAGAGGACCUAUUGCAGGGAUAUGAGGGGGAGAUCCUAUCCAAUGGCAAUGACCAGCGGUCAGUCAACAUCCGGGGCAGGCUUUUUGAACGAUUUUUCGUCCUGCUGCACAUUACAAAUGUAGCAGCCAAUGGUGAGCACCUGAACCGGGAGUGUAGCCUCUUCACUGAUGAUUGCCGAUGUGUGAUCGUGGGCUCUGCUGCCUACCUCCCAGAUGAGCCUCACCCUCCUUUCUAUGAAGUAUAUCGGAACAGUGAAUCAGUGACCCCAAAUCCACGGUCCCCUCUAGAGGACUAUUCCCUCCACAUCAUUGACCUUCACACUGGCCGCUUAUGUGAUACGCGCACAUUCAAGUGUGAUAAAGUGGUCCUGUCACACAACCAAGGGCUGUACUUGUAUAAAAACAUCCUGGCCAUCUUGUCUGUGCAGCAGCAGACCAUCCAUGUCUUCCAGGUGACUCCUGAAGGCACAUUCAUUGAUGUGCGGACCAUUGGCCGCUUCUGCUAUGAGGAUGACCUGCUCACUGUGUCGGCUGUUUUCCCUGAAGUACAGCGGGACAGUCAGACAGGCAUGGCCAAUCCCUUUAGGGAUCCUUUCAUCAACUCCCUAAAACACCGGUUGCUGGUAUACCUGUGGCGCCGGGCAGAACAGGAUGGUAGUGCAAUGGCCAAGAGGCGCUUCUUCCAGUACUUUGACCAGCUGCGGCAGCUGCGUAUGUGGAAAAUGCAGCUUUUGGAUGAAAACCAUCUGUUUAUCAAGUAUACCAGUGAGGACGUAGUGACACUGCGAGUCACUGAUCCAUCUCAGGCAUCUUUCUUUGUAGUGUAUAAUAUGGUGACAACUGAAGUGAUUGCUGUGUUUGAGAAUACAUCGGAUGAGCUUUUGGAACUCUUUGAGAACUUCUGUGAUCUCUUCCGUAAUGCUACCUUGCACAGUGAAGUCCAGUUUCCCUGCUCAGCCUCCAGCAACAAUUUUGCAAGGCAGAUCCAGCGCCGGUUCAAAGACACGAUUAUAAAUGCCAAGUACGGAGGGCACACAGAGGCUGUGCGCCGGCUGCUGGGUCAGCUCCCCAUCAGUGCACAGUCCUACAGUGGCAGCCCCUACCUGGAUUUGUCUCUCUUCAGCUACGAUGACAAAUGGGUGUCAGUCAUGGAGCGACCCAAGACUUGUGGAGAUCACCCCAUCAGGUUCUAUGCCCGGGACUCUGGCUUGCUUAAGUUUGAGAUCCAGGCAGGCUUACUGGGCCGCCCCAUCAACCACACAGUGAGGCGCCUCGUUGCCUUCACCUUUCACCCUUUUGAGCCUUUUGCUAUUUCUGUGCAGAGGACUAAUGCUGAGUAUGUUGUCAACUUCCAUAUGCGACACUGCUGCACAUAGGUGCGUGACCACAGCCAGGUUAUCUGGCCUUCCAGGACUUUGCCCGCUGCUCAUUUCAGUGGAUUAGAGUACAUGCUGCCAACUACCAGCUCUGUGGGUUUUGUACUGGAAUACCUCACAUGGAACAGAGCCAGGGAGGAGCAGGGGCUCAGCAUAAUGGGUUUGUUUAUUGUAUACAAUACUGCUACUGAUUGAUUUGAAAUCCUUUUGCUUUUUCCCUGUGGGAAUGCCCAGCAUUAAUUGAGUCCAUUUAAUUUGUAUUUAGCAUUUUAUUGCUGUGAAGAUAAAAGCAUUAUACCUUAACCCCUUUCAUGUCACUUCUUUGGCAUUAUGGUAUGCAGCCCAAAGCAGGUAAAUCUUGUUCAUAAGAACUGUGUACAAUUUUCCACUUACCCAACAAGCAGAACUAUCUUUAUAAUAAAAAAUUAAAGCCUUGGUAUUUUCUUACUUAAACAUA